UAAAUGAUGGCUUGAUUCCAUUUCCCUGCUUCAGGGUCCUGGUAUUAUGCAUGCUGUCACACUGUCACACUGUCAUGACCUCCUGGGAUACUUGAAUAGAACGCAGCCAUCGUUAAAGUUAUUAGUGCUUCUCCUACUGUGCCAAGUCAAAAUGGCUGCUGUGAGAAAGGCCUGUGGGCCAAGUGGUACACAUACAGUUAAAGUAACUCUACAUUACAAACUGGGGGCAUGACAUUUUAAAAGAGUUGCAUUGUGGGAAAUAGCCAGUAGGGACAAAUAGUCAGGAUAUCUCAGCCUCUGCUCCAUAAAUUUUGACAAUUGUUUGUUAAAUCUGUCUCUUGCGAGUCCCCCAAUUUUAUGGAAGCUCAAUUCUAAAUCGCUGGAGUCCCCCUUUAUUGUUUUGCUCGACUGCUAAUGGUAAAGUUGAUGAAAAUACUGUACCGUAUAAUUAAUGUUGUCACAAAAAAAUGGGUUACGCCUUUAACAUCGUACACGAUACAUUGACAUGUUGACAAGGAUGAUGCACGAAGCCUCGUAGUGCCGCUCUACUUUCUCUUAACAAGUUGUAACAAUGACUCGUGCCUUUCUCUUUUUGCUGUUAAAUAUCUAACAUUCAAAGCUUCAAGCAGUUUUUAUUUUUUCAACAAUGUCAUGAUUCCUAAACAUCCUCAUAUCAUGUAGUGUACUGGCUUUGCCGCUAGAUGCCGCUGCAGUCCUGCACUGAGGCUGUGGGCUGUGCUGCCCUGUGCACAGUCCCUCAGGCAGUAUAAAACAUUCAGACUGUGUACCGCUCCUAACGAGCUUCACCAAUCAAUGUUUGGCAGAGGGUUCAUCUUCCAUUCACGCUCCUGGUUCUAGUUCUGGGUCUAGACAAGAUUUGUAUGAGGAGAAAAGAGCCUGAAUGCUUAGAUUUCUUCUUCAGUUGCUCUCAGUCCCAGCUUGACAGGAUUUCCUCCUUUGGUGGUUGUGACUGAUAUGAUUCUGUAAACGUUAUCUUACACAAAAUACAUCGCUUAUACAGAGAUAAUUCAGAUCGUGGCAGUCACGACUUUUAUUUUUUGCUUUACAAUGCAUUAUUUAUUCAGAGCCUCGAAGCGCAUCGAUGUCUGCAUCCCCUUUUUAGCUCCUAAUGCUUCCUGUAAAGUGCUUUGAUUUGACACUCUUUGAUUGUGUUUGGUGAACCUAUAGUGCUCGGUCUAAUGGAAGGUGUGAGGUGUUGUGUGUGUGUGUGAGGUGGGGGGGGGGGCAGUAAAAGUGUGUUUUUAAUGCCUUGUGAAUAAUUUAGUUUUGGGCUAUACUCGUUACUUUUCAAGCACCAGAGCAUAGAUGGAUACAAGUUGUAAUAAAUGACUUUUGGUUGUUGUGUGCACCUCUUUCAGAUGAUUGUCCCACUCCCUUUGGUUACUUGGAAGAUGUGAGAGCGGUCCCGCGCUCCAAAAGUGACGCCGAGGUGGAUUCGAGAGGCCGCUCGAUGCCGGUGCCAACGCGCUCCUCUUCCCUCAGACCCUCCGCCAAAAGGAACGAGUGGGAGCCCCCUGAUAAAAAGGUAGACACCAGGAAGUACCGCGCCGAGCCCAAGAGCAUCUUCGAGUACGAGCCGGGCAAAUCGUCGGUGCUGAAGCUGGAGAGAACGACUCAGGAUGUAAACCCAGAAGAUGUAGAUUUAGAGAGUGAGCCUUGGUAUAAAUUCUUUUCAGAGAUGGAGUUUGACAAAGCGAGUGCCCCCUCUUUCAGCCCCCUGGAAACAGCCUCCGACCUGCAGCAGUACUCCUCGAGCAAGUCUGGACACAGCGAGGUGGAGAAGGACGGGGGAUCAUCCACGGGUGAGCCCGGGGCUCCAGAAUGCGACCGCCAUGUUUACAAGAGCGUCCUGGAGGGCGGCGACAUUCCCUUACAAGGUCUGCGGGCCCUAAACAAGCGGCAAGCCAGCGCCUCCUCAUCUAAAGUGGAUUAUAAAGGUGGGAAUGGCUAUAUAAUUUCACCCUGCUCCUCUGUAAAUAGUCGAUCGGUUCUUGCCAGUAAUGCAAUAGGUAACCAGUGUAAGAAUAUGAAGCCUCUGUCUGCUGCCAAAGCCUGCAUACCUCAAAUCCUGCCCUCUAAAUUCAAGCCCAAGCUGCUGCCGCCCAGUGGUGACAGUCAGGAAAGCAGGACUAAAGCUGUCAGGCACCCGAAGGCCCACAGCUGUGAGGAUCUGUACACGGGGCCGUGUGACGCAGACUUUGCUGGAGCGGAGGAAAGGCAGCGUGCGCAACAUUCAGACUCCAAGUCCAGCUGCGGCACCGAGUGUGAGGACGGACUCUGGAAUGUUUCCCCCGCAAUUAGGAGGAGCGCAUCCGAGUUCUCCGGCCUGUACAGGACCAUGCAUCAAAUCCAGCGGCCCAGCUCGGCCGGCUGCAGCCCCCACAGCAGCGUCCGCAGCCUGGCCUCCCUCUUUGAGAAGUCAAAGGCCGACGGGGGCGGGAGGUCAGAGGCGGACGACGGGGGCGACAUUCCACGGGAUGCUGUGUUGUCACGGGUCAGCGAGUUUGAAACGAUCAUCCAGCGGUCCGGCUUGACACCCAGCCGCUCCUCCUCCCUGCCCACCCUGCACUCCGGCCCCGGCCACAGCCCCGCCCACGUCUACAUGGCGUCCGCAGUGUCAGCGGAGUCCCUUUUGGUAGCUGACGCCACCCAGAUGGACGCCUGCUCCACAACGGAGGCCGAGGGCGGGAGCUGUGGGGAGGAGGCCCUGUCACCAGGCGGUGUGACCAUGGAGGAGGACAGACACGCCGUCAGGACUGAUUCCCCCUCCAACACCGAGGCCGAGGUCGAGCUGAUCUUCAGUAAAAGUUCCCCAGAACUGAACCACCGAAAUGUGGGCGGGUCAAAAAGUCCCCCUGCCCCGCUGACGGCGUCGCCGCUGCAACACAACCACCUCCACCACCACCUGAACCACCAACUCCUCCUCAAACCCAGCAAAUGCAAAGGCUCCUGCCCGGCCUCUUACACCCGCUUCACCACCAUCCUCAGGCACGAGAGGCAGCAGGCCUCCACCCAACAGGAGAGGCCGCCGCCUCUGGAGAAGAAGACCGCACUGCCCGGGAACCUCUUCCUCAUGGGCCCGGCUCCCUUCAGGCUACGGAAGAACCUGCAGUCCCACCAGAGUCGGAGGAGCCUGCUGGCCACCAAGGUGAUGGCGGGCACCCAGAGGCCCAGCGCUUUGUCUCCCGAGCCCAGGCCUCUGAUCCCGAGGCGCCUGUCCUCCCUGGAGGUCCUGGAGAGGCUGAGUAAUGGAGAGGAAAGCAACACUGACCACCUGAGUAACGGGCAGGGCUUGGACGCCAACGGGAACCUACUGCAGCCGCUGGCAGCUCACCGCAGAGACUCGUCCCCAGUCCUCGGGGAGAGCCAGGAUGAAGUGUUGCGAAGGCGUCACGGGGACAAAGAGAAAAUCUUGGAGGAGCAGCGGCGGCUGAAGCGGGAACAGGAAGAGGCCGACACGGCGUCCAGGCGUCACACGGGCAUUGUCCCGACGCACCACCAGUUCAUCACCAACGAGCGCUUCGGAGACCUGCUCAACAUCACAGAUAACACGGAGAAGAGGAAAUCAGGCAUAGAGAGAACUCCAGCCAUGGCUCGCUUCGACUUCAGAGCAGAAACUCUAAAGGAGUUGCCGUUUCAGAAGGGAGACAUUGUCUACAUUAUUCGACAGGUGGAUCAAAACUGGUAUGAAGGGGAACAUCACGGAAGAGUUGGCAUUUUCCCUCAAAGUUACGUCGAGCUCCUUCCCCCGACAGAGAAAGCCCAGCCAAAGAAAAGUGCCCCGGUGCAGGUGCUGGAAUACGGAGAGGCCGUCGCCCGCUUCAACUUCAACGGGGACACGGUGGUGGAAAUGUCCUUCAGAAAGGGAGAGAGGAUCACGCUUAUUCGUAGAGUCGAUGAAAACUGGUACGAGGGCAAAAUCUCGGGCACCAACCGCCAAGGUAUCUUCCCCGUCACCUACGUGGAGGUGAACAGACGACCCCGCAUCAAAAACGGGGUGGAGUAUCUCGACCCCCCCGUCAGCCAGUCGCCACAGCGCAGCACCAACGCGUCUCCUCAGCUGUAUCGUAACCGUCUGACCACCUCCCCGCUGCCCCUCCCUCGCUCCCCCCGCCGCUCCGUGUCCCCUGAGGUCCACGCCAUCUCCUCUGAGUGGAUCUCCCUGACCGUGGGAGGAGGAAGCCCCCCCACCGCGCCCACCCCUCCCCUGCCGCCGCUGCCCUCCGUGUCCUACCGCUGCGGCGAGUACCUGCCCCCGCCCUACUCCGCCAGCCCCGUGCCCUCCAUCACCGGCAGCCCGUACUGCGUCUCCCCCAUGGCCUCCCCGUCCGCCUCGCCUCUCCCCCCGCCUUACCCGCCCAGGCCCAACUCAACGACCCCCUUCCUCACGUUCACCCCGCCUCAGGGGGGGGAUUUCCUGCUCUCCCUUCACUCCCCGCGUCUGUCCCGCAGCGUGAGCCCCUGUGGGGGGCCGGUGCUGGAGGGCUGGGUGAGGGGGGAGAAGGAGUCGACAGAGGGGGAAGGCACAGAGGGGGACGGGGGCCACGCAGCCCAGAGCGGCAGGCGACACAGCCCUGCAGAGUUUGUGAAGAACGAGGCUGACCAUCACGGCCGGAGCUCCAGGAGCCCUGUGAUGCUGUUCGACAUCCAAGACAACAACAAUGUCAACUCUUUUGCGGAGGCAGUGUGUAAUGAGAUCUUGAAUAUAGCUGAGACCUCGGUGAGGUACUGCAGCACCCUGUCCCACCACCCUCAUGACUCUGUCCAUAGACUGCACCCCCACCCCAGUAAACAAUCUCUCAUCAUUUCCCAGCAACCCCAUUCUCACAGCAGCAGCCCGGAGCCGAACCGUCUCAACUGUGGAAUUUUCCAGGCUCUGUACAGUUACGUGCCGCUGAACGAAGACGAGCUGGAGCUGCAGGAGGGCGAUCUCGUCAGCGUCAUGGAGAAGUGCGAUGACGGCUGGUUUGUCGGAACCUCAAAGAGGACGAAACAGUUUGGGACGUUCCCUGGGAAUUACGUGAAGGAGGUGAAACUGUAAAGACGUCUAAUCUGGCUGUAACACAUGGUCGCCUGUCAAGCUUGGGAAGUCACUACUAUCGCGCAUGGCUGUUGGUUAGCAUAGUCAUUUAGCCGGGCGAGUCCAUUUUGUCUGGGAAAGUGUUCGGUUGGGCCUGAGGUAUGUCAAACUGUACAUGGGGAGGCGGAGCCAGAGACAGCUCACUGCCCGGACCUCCAUCUGGUGAACACCUCGACAACGCUUUGCACACUCUUCUUGACAGAAUUCCGUCUGUCUCCACGUGUGGAAUUUCUCUGCGACAACCCACCGCAAAGUAGCUUUUUAUUGUACAGAUAAAUAGCUUGCAUCUUGUCCAUGUAAUCUACAGUACAUAAGUGUUUACGUAGCACCUGAGUCUGGAGGCCGGCAGCAGAGCAGUGUGAGGAUUAAAGAGUGGAUCUGAUUACCUGAACUGGACUUGGGAGGAUGCAGGAUGUGUUUUUAGGAGAUGUGGGGGUGGAGCUGUUUGCCGCGAGCUACCUUUCAGGACCAGAGGUGUUCAUCACGAUUAGCUAAGUAUGAACCUUCAGUGUUAACAGACAUUUAAUCCAAUGUGGUGGUCCGUGCUUCGGUUUAGAUUAUGUAUGAAGCCCCUCUAGAACGUGGUCUCUGACGGACCUGUUUUACUUUCUGUCACAUGUCAUGAAUCUUCAUUUUUCCAGUAUUUGAAGAAUGUCACAGAACAUUGGCAACUCAGUGUAACCCCAAAGCUUUAGAUACCGGUGCAGUAUUGCCUUCAUUUUUCUAUCCCAAAGUUGUUAUACGACAGUUAUUACCAAGUCAUGUGCUGUUAGCUCCUCAACAGCAAACACAGGACACGUGGACUGUGUUGAAUGUCUGAUAAAAGUGAGGAGAAACUGUGUGUAUGCACAUCCUAUAUUUUCAAACUCUAUUUAUUUGUCCUUUCACACCUCUGACGUAAACCGUGUCUGCUGAUGGACGAGGCCCGUCAGGUAGCUGGCGGUAGACGCCUGGCUCCAGCGCAACCACAGGACAGGCGUGGUAGCACUUAACUUCCUGUUUGGUCUUUAAGGGAGAUCCCACCUAACAACAUGAUAGCAGAUUAAUCACAAAAAGAUAUUUCAUCUUUGCCAACGAGGUGUCUUAGAAUAUAAUCAUUUUUAAGAGCAUAUUGAGGUUUUAACCACGCCCCUACUGACAGGAUUGUAUGUUUUUUUUCGCCAUGUAAAUGUGUACAGAAAACUUUUAAGAGGCCUUCCAAAUGUGGCUCCAUAUUUUCAUAUUGUAAUGAAUACAACUUGGCUUACACAGAGAGCCGAAUGGUUUGAAUAAGAAGCAUUAGCACAGCAUGCACAGAGGUGGACAGAUCAAAUCGGAGCAUGAAACACGAUCAGCCAUCGCCUCGACAUCGGCCACCUCGAGCUUAAAGCAUUAGAAGUGAUGACAGUCCGCUCUUUGAGCUUCCAUCGCUCCCUAAUGGAAAAUCGCUUUGCAUUUUUGAUCCGAGGCCCCCCCCCCCCCCCCGAGAGCACAGAGCAUGUAAGAGUAGUCCACACGCACAUGUCGAAAGACGAUAGCUAUUGUUUGUUCUCUGCUCGCAUCUUCAGUUUAUCUUUAAUUCAGUUUUGUUUAUACCAGGUGGGCUAGUGUGACUAUCUGAUCCUCCAGGUAGCCGGGUCCUUUCCCCCCAAAAUCCACACAUGUCUAAUCAGAUGGUGCCGGACUCUCAGUGGGCCGACCCGUGACACUAGAACUCUCCACGAGUGCACAAAAGCAGAAACAUGAUGUGAAGUAUUAAAAAGAAAGAACAGCAGCUCUCUUACAUCUAGAAGUGUGUGUUUUCUACGGCUUUGUCUUUUCAGUGUGUUAGCUACAGUUGUGCAGUGAUGAUAAACAUUCGGAACAUGUAUGUGGCCGCCACAUAAGGGACGUAUGUAAGUUGAAUAAGUGACAAAGUGUAUUCAUGUAACAACAGUCAGUAGCAAUCAGCGUUUCAUCCUCUCUGACAAAAAAAAACAAGGAGUUUCUUUCUCGCCGGUGACAAUUUUAGCCAACAUCUGCAAAGGAAUGUUUCCUCAAGAUAACACGCCGCACUGUGGGUCUGCCUGUGUAGCACUGAUAUAAUAUUCAGGUAUUUUGUUACACCACAAAAGCAUGUUUUCCCCUCCACUGCUGGCGAAACAUUUGUUUUUUUUGUUCCUGUGUAACUUCAGCUCCGCGUGAAAAUGUGCUGAUUGGCUGAGAGUCUGUCGGCUUUUCUUCCCUGACAGAAGGAAAGAUCCGCUCCAUCUCAAACACACUACACGGUGGACAAAUAAACAAUCACUAUUUAGUCACACACACACACACACACACACAACUCACUCCAUAUUGUUCCUGUGGUAUUGUGCUCCAGAAACAGGGAUGUGUGAAUGUAUGAAUAGAUGAAUGUGGCGCAAUGCACACACAAUAUGUAAAAAAAACACAAAACCAUGUCUGUAUUUUCAUCUUGAAUGAACAUGCAGACUACUGAGCAGCAAGGCACAAGAAGGAUUGUAAAUAUGUAAAAUAAAAAAAUAGACUGCGAGCAGACUGAGCUCUCCGUCACUCGCAGCGCUUUAUUUACCUGAAGGAUGUUUUUUUGGGGGCAAAGCACAGAGUGGAGCGUUACUGAGCACAGGAGGUUUAACGCAUAUGAACAUUACGCUGCCAUUUGUGACGAUCAUAAUGCCUUAUGUUAGAAGCAAAAUUGUGCCUCAUUUUCAUUUAGUUUUCUUUUUUUUUGGUUGGGGGGGGGGGGGUCAUUGAAAUGUACCCUUGACAUAUUUAAUGUAACCAUGGUUUUCCCAUUAGUCCUAGUCUCUGUGAUGGGAGAACAUUUACUAAGAACCUGUCAGUUACUGUGCAAGUACCUAAAAGUGUGACACGAUGCUUUAACGUGAUGAUUAAUAAUCAUAAGGAUGGACUAGUUUGAUGAGACACACAACCUGCAACAGGUUUGCUUUGUUUGCUUCAAUUUGCAGUGCUGUUACAUUGAUAAUACUAAAAUAAAGAUACUAUACACUGCUGUGACUUUCGGUAUUAUGCAAUAUUUAAUAAACCGUUUAAACCAUU